CACCGCACAGAACCUAACCCUAUUUUUGUUUAUUUUUAUGAUUUCAUUUUUACCAGUACAACUGUCAAAAAAUCUUGUUUUGCUUUUUCUUCAGCAAAAAUAAAAAUUUUUUAGAGAGAAAAUCAGUAAUUUUCAGGCAUUUCCACGUGGAAAUCCUUUGAAAAUGAGCAGUGAAAAGGAUAAGGGUGCCCCUGAAGAACCAUCGGGGGAGGGAAGUAGCAAGCAAAAUAUUUCAGGGACGUGUGAUUGGCAGCUGGGGAAGCAUGAUAUCAAAUCCCGUGGUCAGCACCUCCUCGAGACGGGGCUCUGGGCUGAUUGUCACUUCCUCCUGGGCGUGCCACCGAAUCAGGAAGUCAUUGCGGGGCACAAACUCAUCCUGGCCAUGGCAUCGCCCGUUUUUGAGGCAAUGUUCUUCGGGGGCUUGGCCGAGAAGGCUGAUCCCAUUGCCAUUUGCGAUGUACAGCCCGAGAGCUUCCGGGCACUGCUGGAGUACAUCUACACGGACACAAUACGCGUGAAUACGGUGGAUAAGGCGUGCGGGCUGGUGUACGCUGCUAAGAAGUACAUGCUGCCCUAUGUUGUGGAGCAAUGCACAAAGUUCCUCUGGUCAGAUCUGCAGCCGAGCAAUGUGUGCCGGGCGUAUGAGUUUGCGCGCCUCUUUGAGGAGAAUCAACUCAUGAUGACGUGCCUGGAGAUGAUCUGUACGCGCACAAUGGAGGUCAUUGAGGAUCCGAGUUUUGAGGAAGUGGAAAUGAGUACAAUUCUCACGAUACUCGAUCAGGAAUUCCUCAGUGUUGACAGUGAGUUGUCCCUCUACUACGCCCUCAGUCGCUACAGUGAGAAGCACGCUGGGCAGGAAGGGAGCGCCUCUCGUGCUGCAGACAUCCGGCAGGCUGUGCAGAAGAUUCGUUUCCUCACACUGACUCCACAGCAAUUUGCCGAAGGUCCCGGACGUUCGACGCUCCUUUCGCAGAAUGAAGCCUUCGUGAUCUUGAUGAAUAUCUCCAGUCCCACCAAUUGUGGCUGCCCCAUGCCCGAGGGCUUCUCCACCAGCCGCACAUCCCGCAUACAGAAUGUCGUCGUGGAGUCCCCUUCCCCGCAGAACAUCGAGGAGUCCCCAGCACGGAUACUUCCGGCUUCUUCUCCGCUUGUGGAUGAAAUGCACGACGUACGGAAUCUCAUGGACACCCAGCGCUUCUACUGCAUCCGCUCAAUACGCCAACAGACGGAUUAUCUCAACACCAGCGUCCUGGAUUGCUCCGUGACCUUCUCCGUGAAUCGCUGCAUCUGCAUCACAGGCGUCCAGGUGCCCACGCAGGUGCUGGGUGAGUCCAACAUGCAACGUUACCACGACGGGAGUCUCCCAGAGCGCUACUCGGAGCUCCUCUACGCCCAUCUUCUGGACAGCCGUGGGUCACGACUUACGUACACGCACUGCACGUCAAAGGUGCGCUUUGACUGCAUGCUGGAGAUCUCCUUCGAUCGCCCGGUCUUCAUUCAGCGCUACAAACGCUACAAGAUUGGCAUUGUCUUCAACAAGGUCGGAUGGUACCCCAUGGCGGAGUGCCUACCCACAAAAGUCUGCCAGGAUGUGACGUUCUCCUUUGGCGUUGGCAUGCCCAAUGAAUCUGUUCGUGAUGGACUCAUUCGUGCCAUUGUUUUUGCCUUUACGCGCGAAGGGAUUUAAUAAAACAAACAUAGCUCUUGCGGAAGGCAAGCAAAGUUUGAAAUCUUGGAAAUGAAUCCGGAAGUUUGUGGUGGAGACGACGAAAAAACGUCGAUUCUGAAGAAAAUCUUUUCUUUCAAAGAGAAAAAGUCUUUAUUACAGCUUUUAUAGCACCCAAGACACAUACUGAGCUGGGUAUGCUAUAAAAGCGAAUUGGUAAAAGAUUAUUGUAAAAUAAUAAAGAAAAUUAAAGAAAAACCUUCAAAUUCAGUUUAAACUGAACGUUAUAUGUAAA